CAUAACCAAGCAUAAAUACGUCACUGGCAUACGAUUAUUUAGCUCUUCAACUGUGAUUAAUUCGAGGGAUUCACACGUAUGAUAGAUAUCCGGAGAAUUUCGUGACUGUUAAUCAGGUAAUAGGAGCCUCUUGCCGCCGAUUAAUAAAGCCACAAGAUGACUUGGAUCUUCUGGCUGUUCAUCGUUGGUACUUUUGGUUGGAAUGGUGUUAGUGGACAGGGGCAGAGAGUCGCGCCGGGUGUUCCACCGCAGCAUUAUCAACAGCCAUCAGCACCGCAGCAAGUUCAUCAUCAACCAGUACCCCAGCAUCAUCAGCAGCCCCCUCAACAGUACCAACAGCCUCCUGUUCAGCAUCAACAGAUCCCUCACCAGCAACAGGUACCCCAUCAGCAGCAGGUGCCCCUCCAACAGCAAGUACCUCAUCAACAACAACAUGUACCUCACCAACAACAACAUGUACCUCAUCAGCAGGUUCACCACGAACAUCAUAAUCCCCAGCAGUUGCUCAACGCAGCAAAUAUUGCUCAAGAGAAAGAGCACAUUGCAGAGCAUUUCGAGGUGCCCAUGGACACAGCCAAGAUGACAGAUCAAGAAUUACAGUUUCAUUAUUUUAAAAUGCAUGAUGCUGACAACAACAACAAACUCGACGGUUGUGAAUUAAUCAAGUCUCUCAUCCAUUGGCAUGAACAAGGUAAUAAGGACCCGGCACAUGUUCACGAAGGAACAGCUGGUGACAAGCUAUUCACUGACGAAGAGCUAGUUGCACUCAUAGAUCCAAUCCUCAACAUGGAUGACACAACUCGUGAUGGUUUCAUCGAUUACCCUGAGUUCAUCCAGGCGCAGCAGAAAGCAGCAGCCGCUAGCAAUCAGCAGUAAGAGAAUUUCCCCGUUCAAUGGAGGACAAUGAUCUAAGAAAAUCCAAUCAAUCGAUCACGUCUUUAUGAGUUUCUUUUGUCUCAUAUUUCAACUGAUUAGAAAUUAAUAUAUAAAUUAUUCACAAGCAAUGUUGGAUUACAAAUGAGUGAUGUAAAUUUUCAUGAAUUUUGUACAAAUUAUUUUGUUAAUAAAGGUGUAAAAGUUAUAUUCGUA